GCAUCGUCCACGCAGAGACCGCAGAGACAGGGGAGUCCACAGAGACACUGGAGGACGAUUCAGGACGGGUUGUUUUUUUUACCGCUGCUUUUCACGGCUCCACUCUGCGUCAGUUGCCGCUCUGAAGCAGGAGAAGCCGCCGCAGAAGAAGCUGGAGCUGUCGCAGGCGGAGAGGGGCACGGUGGUAUGAUAUGAACCCCGCAGUCGUCGUCGUCGUCGUCGGUUUAAAGCGGCGCCGCAGUUGAAACACCUCGAUUUUCGUUCCGCAGGAUCACUGGGGGGACAUUUGUAGCUUUUUCUCCCACCCCGCGCACGUCCACGUUCACCCCGCAGAUUCCGCUGCCGUCAUGCCCGGGUUUGAUUACAAGUUCCUGGAGAAGCCGAAGCGACGCUUCCAGUGCCCGCUGUGCAGCAAAGCGAUGAGGGAGCCGGUGCAAGUGUCGACCUGUGGACACCGUUUUUGUGACACCUGUCUACAAGAAUUCCUCAGUGAGGGCGUCUUCAAGUGUCCAGAGGAUCAGCUGCCGUUGGACUAUGCCAAGAUCUACCCAGAUCCAGAGCUGGAGCAGCAGAUCCUGGCUCUGCCCAUCCGCUGCAUCCACAGUGAGGAGGGCUGUCGCUGGACCGGUCAGAUGAAGCAGCUCCAGGGUCACUUCUCCACCUGCGCCUUCAACGUGAUCCCCUGCCCCAACCGCUGCUCCGUCAAGCUGACGCGCCGCGACCUGCCCGACCACCUGCAGCACGACUGCCCCAAACGCAAGGUCAAGUGCGAGUUCUGCGGCAGCGAGUUCACCGGCGAAGCCUACGAGAACCACCAGGGCGUGUGUCCUCAGGAGAGCGUCUACUGCGAGAACAAGUGCGGCGCGAGGAUGAUGCGUCGCCUGCUGCCUCAGCACGGCACGGCCGAGUGUCCCAAACGCACGCAGCCCUGCAAGUACUGCGGCAAAGAGUUCGUCUUUGACACCAUCCAGAACCAUCAGUUCCACUGUCCCCGUUUUCCUGUCCAAUGCCCAAACCAGUGCGGCACGCCCAACAUCGCCCGCGAAGACCUGGCAAACCACGUGAAGGACAACUGUGGCAGUGCACUCGUUCUCUGUCCCUUCAAAGAUGCCGGCUGCAAACACAGGUGCCCCAAACUGGCCAUCGGUCGUCAUCUGGAGGACACGACUAAGUCUCACCUGACCAUGAUGUGUAACCUGGUGGGUCGUCAGCGGCAGGAGAUCCUGGAGCUGCGGAGGGAGGUGGAGGAGCUGUCUGUCAGUCACGACGGUGUCCUCAUCUGGAAACUCAACGACUACUCGCGCAAACUCCAGGAGGCCAAACUCCGGAGCAACCACGAGUUCUUCAGCCCGCCCUUCUACACUCAUCGCUACGGCUACAAGCUGCAGGUGUCGGCCUUCCUGAAUGGCAACGGCAGCGGCGAGGGUUCCCACCUCUCCGUCUACAUUCGCGUGCUGCCCGGAGAGUACGACAACCUGCUGGAGUGGCCCUUCUCCUACAAGGUGACUUUCUCCAUCCUGGACCAGAGUGACCCGUCGCUUUCCAAACCCCAGCACAUCACCGAGACCUUCAACCCCGACCCCAACUGGAAGAACUUCCAGAAGCCCUGCAGCAACCGCAACUCGCUGGACGAGAGCACCCUGGGCUUCGGCUACCCCAAGUUCAUCUCGCACGAGGAGAUCAAGAAGAGGAACUACGUCCGGGACAACUGCAUCUUCGUCAAGGCUUCUAUAGAGAUCCCCCAGAAGAUAAUGUCUUAAGCUCCUACGUUUGUUUUCUUUUUAUGAAGGAGAAGGACAGGUUAAAGACUGGAACUAGAACAUUUGACCUUGAGAACUUCGACACACUUGCCCUUUAGAUACUUUCUGCCCUUACAGCCUCUCCACAUUGGCUGCGUGAGCUGACUCAGAGGGAUCACAGAGGAGAAAGUGUUUGGUCUGCACCACCACUCUCUGGUUUCUUUUAAUUUUUUACCCGUUUGCCGACCUUUUAUCACAAUCUACAACAAAAAAAGCCUUGGAAAUCAAACAGUGCCUAGAGAGUUUAUCUUAAGUUAUAUUUUGUUGUUGUUGUUGUUGUUGUUGUUGUUGUUCCACAGUACAGAUGCUAAAGAUUAUAGAAAAGAUCUAAAAAUGAGGGUGAACAUCUUCACUAAGACUCCGCACUUAGAGCAGCGAGAAGGUUGGAGAGCUCCCGGUUUAUCUGGAGCCACAUGAAGAGGGAGCCCAAGCCCGACUGCCUUUUGUUUACAUGCUCAUUUACCGUUGAUUCUCACUGAUCCGUGAACGAACACAGAGCCCUUGACAAAAGACUUCUCGUGAGGUUUGUGUUCACAAACAAAUCAAUGUUGUCCGGUUUUUUUCGGUGAUUUUUAUAUGUUAAAGCAAUGAUUGAACAUGGUUUUUUAUGAGUAUUAAAUGAAAAUCGUGACAUCUUUUAUCUGUCGGUUCAUGCUGCGUUCCAUUUACGUCGAAAGUUGGGUUCACAGCGUUACAGAGACACGUCGCUGGGCUAGCCAUUGUUCGCAAUACCACCUCUACAUGGUAAUUUGAAAUAGUGUAGCAUCAUUUCUGCGGAUAGAAGUUGAACAGUACAGGAUUGUUUCAGUACAGUUUUGUGUACGACUUAUUUACUGUGAAACAAAUGUGACAGAAGUGCUAUUUACGGUAAAAGAUGGUGGCAGCCAUUUUUGGAAUCCUGAACUCGGGGUAUGUGAGGUUGCUCCGAGUUUCCAAGUUCCCGCAUAAAGGAACACCAUGUGACCUCUGAAAUUCCAAAUUCUGACUUCAAAUGGAACGCAGCAUAAAUAUAAAGCUACACCCAGUUGUCAUUUAGCUUAGCUUUGGAUAAAGACUGGAAACAUAGGGGAAAUUGUUAGCAUUGCUCCCACUACGACUGUCGGGGGUGUUGCGUUGAUACCAAUGCAGUAACUGCCAAAUUUCCCUACUUGCAUGUGCAACAAAAUUUAAAAACUUAUUUGCAAAAUAAAAAGCAAAGUAUCUUUUCAAAGUAAGAUGACAUCCCACGAUGGUCUGCUGUUCUGGCCAUGCCCCUCAGCUGUGGUGUAGGGAGAGGGAACAUUGUGUUCCUGAAGAAUCAUCUGCAUUUAAAGGGAGAAAAUUAACAUAAAACUGUUCUUUUACGCCUGCAAAAGCUGCAUUAGCAUCAAGGUACCAAUCAGUCUGCUGUCCACAGUGACUCGGUGACUGUCCAAAGUGUGUCUGACUCUGCUAAGCUAGGUGGCGCUACGCCCUUUUUUCAGCUUGUUUGUAUUUGGUGUUUUCCGAUUGACCUGUGAUGUCACAGAUGAAAGCAACUUUAGCUGGCAGCUAGUUGGUAGCAUGUUGAGCCCCAAUCCGAGUCUUCCGACCAAUCAUUAUAGCAAGCAGAACAGUUCUUCUCCUGUGUACUGGCUGCCUCUCUAAAUUCCAGGUCAAAGCCUGUGUACAGAGGUUUGGGUCCUAUUGAUCGUACACAUGCAGUUGCGUUAGCCUAACUUCAAGAAAUUCAACGGCAUUUCUGUGUGAAUAAAAUGGUCAUACGAUAAAAGUAAGCAAAUUCACGUUGUUUAGGUAAUAAAUACAAGAGAUUCAUUGCUAAAAGAGCCACUUUUGCCACCUAGCACUGACGGAUAUUCCAUUCCUCUGUCUGUAAAUCACAUAACUGUCCCAAUGCUUUACUUGACAGGCUUCAAACGUGUGCGGACAGUGCGGACUUUGGCAUAGUUUUGGCCAAAAAAGAACAAUUACAGGAACUGCCCCAGUACCUAGCUACAAAGUCUAUGCUAGCUGUUUCCAGUCUUUAAGCUAAACGGCCUCCUGGCUGUAAUUUUUUGCUGGGUUUUUUUUUUCAGUUGAGGAAGAAAAAAAAACGUAUUUGCAGUCUUGCCAAGAGUUAGACGAGAGGAGUGACAUCACUUUUGUCAGUUCACUCAGACUUCACAGUGGCUUUGUAUCUAUGGAAGAGUUCCAUUUGCUGCGUUUCCAUCGUGUGACAGUUUGGUUUGGUACAGUGCGGUAUGGUUUGGAAUGGUAAUUUCCUGGGCCAUGUUAUACUUCUGCACACGUACGCGGUAUACUCACACGUCAGGGUCCUGUAGUAUCCCACUUCAUGCAGGGCAUAGGACGCAUUCCUACCAAAGAAGAAGAAGAGAACAAUGCUGCAGCUCCCUUGGACACGUCUGGUUCGAGGUCCGUCAGGGUGUCAGCCGGUUCGAGGGUCAGCAGGUCGAGGCUCGAAUGACUAUCCUUGGCGACUACUUCUUCUGUUGUGUAAACGGUCUUUCUGCUUGGUGAGCGGGGCUUAUACUCCACCUACAGAUGGGGCGGAUAUUCAGUUUGUCCAUGCGCACCCAUCGCGCUCUUUGCACAAUGCAACGCAAUUGUGAGCGUUGGAUCCACGUGUGCGGAGGUAUACCAGGGCCUAGAGAACUUUACUUGGUGUGUGUGACACUGGAUGACAACGUCAAACACAACCUUGACUUCCAUGGGAUAUUUACACCGAUCGCAAAGGGAGUGGCGUUUUCGCCCAAUCAGCUGACUGUCGUGGCUCCACCCUGACUGUACCCUUUUACUUUGGUACCCCAAGGGAAGGGUGCCAAAGAAUGGAAACUGGAAACGCAAAAUAAAUGACACAGUUCUGUACCAAACCAAACCAUUCCACACGGGGGAAACGUGUCUCAUCGGUUUGGGGAGGGAAAAAAGCACCUUUCGUCUGUCUUCGAAUGAGCAGAGCGGACACAGACGUCAGAAGCAGUCUGAGUUUUAAUAGUGAAGGAAAAGCCAUGUGGCCUUUUUAUACAGUAUGUCUUCGCAUGAGGGUGACGGGAGGGUGAGCAGGGCAACAGAAACACGUGCAUGCUUCAUGUGCUACCACCUGGACCACAUUUUUGUACUGUAACCUGUAUUCUUGAAAAUCCUCUCCUGGUGAUUCUUCUCUAAUUUCUCUCUCUCUCUCUCUCUCUCUUUCUCUCUCCCUUUCGUUUUUUUAGUUGGACCAUUUGAAAGUUGACUUCUUUUUUUAAAAAAAGAUAAAAGUUGUUUAUGUUUGUUUGUUUCAUAUACAGAAAAUGUGAACACUAAUGUAACGGAUAAAUACAAUGAAUUUGUGGCUGUGAAGUGACCGUUUUGAAGGUAGCGGUCGGUGUGGGUGUCUCAGGACUGACUGUACCUUGUGGUUACCAUGGUAACUCCAGCAACGCGGUGACAAGGAUUGUGGGGGGGAUCAGCCACGUUGGAUUCACCCCCGUUUGUGCAUCACAUCACAUCACAGCACCAUCUGAGGGACGAUACAUGACACUUGUUACGUUUGUGAAUACUAAUGUAAAAAAAAACAACAAAAAAACACAACAAAAAAAACACAGAAGCACAUUCUGUCUUUUUAUUACUCUACAUGGAAGAAUUUCCUGAUUUCUUGUCAUAAAACCAGCCGAUAUUUUACAGUGAUUUAAGAAAAAAAGAAAAGGAAAACAAACAAAAAAAAGCGAGAAGAUUCAAAAACAAAACUUUUUUUUGUAAGAUUCUUGUAUUUUUUAAAAUACUUAGCCGUUUUAUACGAACAAACACUUUUGAUCGGAGAGUCGGGGUUGACUUGGGGACUUUUUCACGCCCUCUCUUGUCUCUUGGACAUUUUGGAUACUUUGUUUGUCCGUGUGGUUUGAGCCUCACGUUAUCCUGUCUGUAUUAUUUCCUCUUAAAAGUAUUUAUUUUAAGGAGCCGUCGUGUGAUUUGUUUUUAUUUUCACCGUCGGCACAAAUGUUUUACUAUGUCGACUGAUGAGUGCUUGUCAAUUUCUUCAUUGAAAUAAAAUACCGUAUAUUAUA